ACCCCCACCAAGGGGGAAAUCCCGCUGGGACCGACGGUUCCCCAUCCCUCCUCCAGGGGGCGCCUUCCGGCAGUCCCUCGCGGCAGCCCAUUUCCUGCACCAGGGGAAGUCCGAGUGCCAUUUCUUCAACGGGACGCAGCGGGUGCGGUUUCUGGACCGAGACAUCUACGACCGGCAGGAGAUGGACUACUUCGACAGCGACCUCGGGAAAUACGUGGCCGUCACUCCGUUGGUGCAGCCCGAUGUGGACAAGUGGAACAGCGAUAAGGCCCUCCUGCAGUACAAGAAGACCGGAGUGGAUCGCUUCUGCCGACACAACUACGAGUGA